AUGUAUGCCAACAAAAACGCCAAAGUCUUAGAACAGCUUGCAAAACAUAAGACAAAGUAUCCUGGAGGUGCUCCUAGGAAGCCAAAUGAGCGGGUAAAGCAGACACGACACUUUCCAGGAAAGGUGAUGGAUAAGGGCAGCAGCAGUGAGGAAGAAGAAGACGAAGAAGAUGAAGAGGAAGAAGAAGAUAAUGAUGGUGAUGAUGAAGAGGAAGAAGAAAAAGAACAACAACAAAUAGAGGAAGACAACGAAGAUAGAGAAAAUAAUAAAAAGGAGGAAUCAAAAAAGCAUAUUACUGUUAAGAUAUAUUCUAAGAGAGAAGAGAAAAAGGAGUUGAUGAAGGUAGUCACACCUAAACCAAUAACUCAACAAAUAGCAACGACAAUCAAGCGGAAAGCAACAAGAGAAAGAGAAUUUUCUGAAGAGGAGGAGGAAGAGGGAGAGGAAGAAGAAGAAAAAGAAGAAGAAGGUGAUGAGGGUGAAGAAGAGGAGAGUUCAGAAGAAGAGUCUGAAAGUGAAUCAUCUGAAGACGAAAAACCCAUGUUUAUACCCAAGUUUGUCAAGAAGGACCAACGAAAAGACGUUUCUAAGCCAACUCCAAAUGCUUCCCAGAAUGAAAAGUCUAGUAGCUCAGAAGUUGACGUUCGAAAAUUAAAAGUGCUUGAACUUGCAGAAGAAGAUAUUAAGAGACAGAUUGCAACUGAACAAUCUCAAAAGCAAGAGUUUCGAGACGACAAUGAAAUUUACGAGGUGGAUGAUACCGAUGAUUUGGAUCCUGAAGCAGAGUAUGCAGCAUGGAAAAUACGAGAACUGCAUAGGAUAAAACGUGAACGAGAUGAAAUUGAAGCAAUUGAAAAGGAAAAAGAAGAGCUUGCUGAGCUGCGGAGCAAAAGCGAAGCUGAGCGGGCUAAGCUUGGGGCUGAAAAGGCUGAGGCUGAAGCUUUGGAGGAAGAAGAAAAGCGCAAGGACAAGAAGAACCCUGGGUACAUGCAGAAGGGAUACUACAAGGGAGCUUAUUUCCGUGACAUGGACAUUUUGAAAAACAGAGACUUUUCGGAAGCAUUGGAAGAUGACUACAAAAACAAGGAAGUUUUGCCAAAGUAUUUGCAGACGCGAAGCGGCAAGAUUGGCAUCAAGGGACGGACGCGGGAAAGUACACUGAAAGAGAUGGAUACAAGCAGAGACACAAUCCGAGCAGAUAACAAGCGACCUCGGCGCGAACGGGAUGAUUCUUGA